AUGCUCAAGCGACUGUCGGCUCAGUUCAAGGACUCGUCGUCUGAUCCUGCCCUGCUCGUUCCUCCGCCCGGCGCGCGCUCGCCCGCCUCUCUCUCGCCUCGCUCAAGCCCUUCGCUCGGGAACGUCCCCCUUCCUUCGCCAAGCUCGCCGUACGGCUCUUCGUACCCUUUCCCGACAGCACCUCCGUCUCCAGGCCGGAGCGAGCGGACUGUGCGACGCGAGGAGGAGGGGAGGAAGUCGAUCGACCGUCCAGCCCUUCACAAAACCCUAUCGUCGCUCAGCAACCUCCUUGUCGCGCUGGAUGACCUGAGGGAGACGUCGUUGGCUCGCUCCAAGGCGGAGAAGCGGUUGGCGAAGGCGGCGAGGGAGGUCGCGAGCGGGUUUGGCGAGAAGGCGCAGGGCGGUCGAUGCGACGAAGCGUACGAAGCGCUGUCUGCCGCGGCAGAGAUACUCGAGGUUCUGCAGGACGUCGAUGAGGGUCAAGCGAAGCUGGUCAAGAAGGAGUACGAGGGCGUCAACGAGUCGAUCGGCCGGUUCUUCAAGAGGACCAGCAAAGAUGAGAAAGCCUUUGACGACAUGAUGGCGUCCCUGAACGCCCGCGUCGCCAAGACGACCGCCGCCUACCAAUCCGUCACCCACUCGACUUCGUCCGGCCGCAACAUGCACGCCGCGCUUGACAACCUCACCUCGCAGCAUUCGUCGUACAUGCAGCAGCUGUCGAACCUCUCCUACCAAAUUCAGCAGGGGAAGCUCGGGUAUGGUGAGGCGAUCGCCGAAAGGCGGGAGGCGGCGGUUAAGAAGGUCGCGAGGGUAAUGUGCCGCUUGGCCGAAGGCGAAUGGCGCAGCGACAUCGAGGCCGUCAAAAGGGGCGGACAGAAGAUCGGAAGGUUGGCGAACGCUGCGAUCUGGGUCCAGCCCGAGAUGGGUCCGGCCGUCGCAGCGACUUCGAGCGAUGAUAGCCGCGAGCAGAGCGAGAUUCCUUCGCUCGGUCGUAGCACAAGCCUUCGUGGUCCUCGCGCACCUUCGACGGCGACGAAUGACUCUUCAGCUCCGUCAACCGCACCCUCCUCGACCGCGAGAGUACCGCCCCUCCGCCAAAACCCUCCUUCGUAUCGUGGAGACCUCCUCCAACAAUCGACGAGCAAUAUCUCCACCUCAUCACUUCCGCCGGUCUCGCCGAAAACCGUGCCACAGACCGACAACGGCGGCCUGAGAAGGCCUAUCCCGCGCUAUGGCUCAGCGCCCACCGUUCCUUUGGCCACCGAAGCCGACGAAUUUGGCCGCACUGAGAUGAACGCAUCAGGGACGCCCAGAGAUGCGACGCCGCAGCGCCAGGACAGCUUCGUGGCGAGGAUGAGCGCGAAGUAUUCGAGCGCGACGAUGCCUGGAGCCGAUUCGCGAGCUGAUGUCCAGCAGAAUCCCCAUCCUACCCACGCCCGCUCCGACUCGCGCGUCUCCCUCCUCGCCAAGCGGUACUCCUCUCCUCCCGAUGCAACCUUUCCUUCUCAGUCACAGUCAAACCCUGCCAUGCCUGUGUCCCCGCCUCAACCGCCGGCAGCUCGACCCCCUCACCGUCACUCGCACAGCCUGCAAUACCCGUCGUCGGGCGACCUGUCUCCUCCGCACUCGGUCCAGCAGCAAGCUUCCGACUCGUCGCCGACGCAGCGUCAGCCUACGCCGCGGCGCCCUCGCGCAUACGAAGCGGCGCAACCUCUUCCGCCUCGUCAGCCCGACCCGUCCUUCUCCUCCAGCUUUUCCUCCAGGACAGCCGAUUCGAGCGGCUCGUACGGGAGACACGUCUCUGGUGACGCACACCCAGUCCCGAUCGGCUCGUGUGCUGGUCAAAGUCGUCAAUCCGAGGCCUCGCCGCCGUUCGGAAGCGCAACCGCGCGCAUGCAGGUUGAUUCGGGUCAGCAGCACCCCGCCGACGAGGAGGGCGUGAGCGUUUGGAGGGAGUAG